AUGCAAGACUCUGAGCUAGAGCAAAUCUCUGAGGCACUCCGGGCCGCCCGCAUCAGCAAAAGGCCCAUUGACCCCCCAACAAAGACCUGGAAGAACCUCGACGCCGAUAGUGCCUUUGAAGUCCAGAAGAUCACUGUCAAGAAUGCGAUCAGCAAACAUGGAGACCGCCUUGUUGGAUACAAGCUCGGAAAUAUUGCCAAGGUCAUGCAGGAUGCCUUCGGACUCGAUCAGCCGGACUACGGCUUCCUGCUUGCCAGUACCUUCAUCUACGAGGGCACAGCGCUAUCCCUAAAAGAUUACAUCAAGCCCUUUGUCGAACUAGAGCCGGCAUUUGUGCUCAAGGGUCACCUCAAGGGUCCCAAUGUAACGGCUGCCGAUGUCAUCAACGCGAUAGACUAUGCCAUCCCUGCCAUUGAGAUUAUCGAUUCCAGGGUCAAGAACUGGGCUAUCGACCUGCCGGAUACUUUGGCAGAUAACGGUUCUACCGCGGCUGUCAUCCUUGGUGGUACACCCCGCAAGCUCACCGACCUUACUCUGAGCAACACCCGUGGCAACCUGCGCUUCAACGAUCAAGAAGUCAUGACGGGCAACACCAAGAAUGUGCUCGGCAAUCCUAUCUCGGCUGUGGCGUGGCUGGUGAACAAACUGUCGAAAUACGACAUCGAGUUCUUCCCUGGACAGGUGGUCUUGCCCGGUAGCUUCUGGCUCGCCCCGUCUUCAACCUGGUCAUUCACCGCCCGACUGACCCUGAUGAUGGCGGAGAAGCUGCAGAUAGAUGCACCAUUCAGCGCUCCGAGCUUCCUCAAUGACGAGAUAUAUCCCCUGAGAUGGAGAGCUGCAGCUGCCGAGGAUCAGCCCGACAUCAAUGGUCUUCCCUCCAUCGAACACGCUCUUUAUCUGUACAACACCGUCAAAUUCCAUCUUGGCCAGAACUAUCAAUUUCUCGAUGAGAAGUCUUUUGUUCAAAACAUUAAAAGUUUCUACUUUGGAAACCCCGCUCAGAAAGCAGCCGAAUCUCGAUUGUGGUUUGUGCAGUUUCUUCUGGUUCUAUCUUUCGGACAAGCGUUCCUUUCAAGGUCAAAAACUCCCAAGGAGCCGCCAGGCUCCAAGUUCUUCAUCCGCGCCAUGUCUUUGUUACCAGAUCCCACGUUGUUGUGGAAGGAUAGCUUGUUAGCUAUUGAGGUACUUGCUUUGGCCGGGUUGUAUUUGUACUCAAUCUACCAGAGGGAAUCAGCGCAGUUAUACGUAGCCCAGGCUAUACGAAUCGCGCAGUUGGAAGGGCUUCACACUCAAUUACCCGAAGACGCCCUUGGUCCUGAGACAGUUUCUCGAUGCCGAAAUCUUUGGUGGACUCUUUAUAUCAUGGAUCGACAUUUCUCGUGUUCUUUGGGUGUCCCAAUGAACACCCAAGAUAUUGAUAUUACAACACUUCUCGACCCGCCAAGCAUAUCCACUCCACAAGACGCGACACUUGGCCUCAGAGUGAAGCUGUCUCAUCUUCUCUCAUCUAUUAUCAACACCGUCUACAAGUCCGAGAAAACACCACUGGGAGAGUUUCUUGAAGAAACGAGAUCUAUUCUCCAUACCCUGGCCGGGCACGCCCAAGAGAUUGAAAGAAUCACUCGCGUAAAGUUUCAAAACUCCGUCGAUACCAUGCCUAAGGGGACGAGGGACAUCACUCUACUUUAUCAUCAGUGCGUUAUCAUCGCAACGAGGCCUCUCCUUCUGUCCGCCUUGAAACAACAACUCGACAGCUACGGCCGAGGCGCGCGAGACCUUGAGAGUUUCAUGGCACCCUUAACUCCACUGAUGUCAACCGGGAUCAAGUCAGCUGUGAAGACUUUACAAAUCCUGUCUGUCGAGGACAACCUCAUAGAAGUCUUCCUCCCCUUUGAUCUCGAGUACGCUUAUGGUGCUGCGAUCCAUCUUACCAUAGCAAACGCUCUAUUCCCCUCUACCACUGAUAUGGACGGGCCGACACACAGCCGCGAGGCGCACGCCAUUCUGGAUGAUAUGAUACACAAGGGCAACUCCGUAGCGGAGGUGCGGAAGUCUGAGCUGGUUCAUCUGGAAUAUCUUUUCAGCGAAUUCGCAACUCGGUUGAAGCAGCCCGACUUCCAACCACCAAGGCUUCCAGUCCGCUCUCGGGAGGUGGCACCGGUCAUUGAAGUCGGGGAGAGCUCAACAUCCGUGACUGAGCCGGACCUGGUGUCAAUGACCACGCUCAGCGAGUCUCAGUCUCUUUUCUGCGCUCCCGACACCCCGAACAACGCAGAGUUCCUCGACAGCAUCGGAAUAUCGUCUGAUGACUUCCUGUCCAUCGUGGAGCAAAUGGGUAACCAGGAUGACAUGGAUCUCCCUUUCACCAUGUUAGAUCUGGGACAGUUCUGGAAAUAG